CACAGCACCUUAAACUGCUGUCAGAUAGACAGAUAUAUCUUUGUCUCUGAAGCAACAACAUCGCUCUAUUCAGCGGUGAAGCAGUGACACAUACUACAUAGGGCAUAUCACAGAGCUGAAAGUCCUGAAAAAACAAACUUUCUCUUGUUCAUUUCCACCAUCUACACCCAGGACUCCAAGCCAAAGUCCAGCCCAUCUCUCCCAGGUCUCACCAUGUCCAUCGACCCGGCGGCCGAGCUGCCUUUCUUCUACGGCAGCAUCAGUCGCUCAGAUGCCGAGCAGCACCUAAAGCUGGCCGGGAUGGCCGAUGGGAUCUUCUUGCUGCGACAGUGUCUCCGCAGUCUGGGAGGCUACGUCCUGUCUGUUGUGUGGAACCUGGAGUUUCACCAUUACUCCAUAGAGAAGCAGCUUAACGGUACUUACUGCAUCUCAGGAGGGAAGCCUCACUGUGGGCCUGCAGAACUCUGUGAGUUUUACAGCAAAGACCCUGAUGGGCUGGUGUGCAUCCUGAAGAAACCCUGUCACCGCUCCCCGGAUACACCGAUACGUCCCGGCGUCUUUGACAACCUGAGAGAAAACAUGCUGAGGGAGUACGUGAAGCAGACCUGGAACUUGGAGGGAGAAGCGAUGGAGCAGGCCAUCAUCAGUCAAGCUCCUCAGCUAGAGAAACUGAUCGCCACCACGGCCCAUGAGAAGAUGCCAUGGUAUCACGGUAAAAUCUCCCGGCAGGAAGGUGAGAGGCGGCUUUACUCUGGAGCACAACCAGACGGAAAGUUUCUAGUGAGAGACAGAGAGGAGUCGGGUACUUUCGCUCUCUCCAUGAUAUAUGGGAAAACAGUGUACCACUACCAGAUCCUCCAAGAUAAAGCAGGGAAAUAUUCAAUGCCAGAGGGAACAAAGUUUGACACAAUCUGGCAGCUGGUUGAGUACCUGAAGAUGAAAGCUGAUGGCCUGGUGACUAAUCUCGGGGAGGCGUGUGUUAACGGAAAAACUGCUGGAAAGACACCCAGUCUUCCUGCAACAAGGCGGCCCGUCACAAAUGGAUACACACCGCCACCUCGAGCACCUACAGACCGUGAGGUUCUGCCGAUGGACUCUGAUGUAUUCAACCCGUACCACAACCCGAAUGAAGUGAGGAAGUUCAACAUCCAGAGGACUCAGCUGCUGAUAGAUGAAUUGGAGCUCGGCUCUGGGAACUUUGGCUGCGUCAAGAAAGGAACCCUCACGACUGAAUCGGGCCAGGUUGAUGUGGCCAUUAAAGUGCUGAAGAGUGACAACGAGAAGCUGGUGCAGGAGGAGAUGAUGAGGGAGGCAGAGAUCAUGCACCAGCUGAGCAACCCCUUCAUCGUCCGCAUGCUGGGACUGUGCAAGGCUGAGAAUCUGAUGCUGGUCAUGGAGAUGGCCUCUGCUGGACCUCUCAACAAGUUCCUCUCCUCCAAAAAGGAUACUGUUACCACGGAGAACAUUGUCAAUCUGAUGCACCAGGUGUCAAUGGGAAUGAAGUAUCUGGAGGAAAAGAACUUUGUGCACAGAGACUUAGCAGCUCGUAACGUCCUGCUGGUCAACCAACAGUUCGCCAAAAUCAGUGACUUUGGGCUCUCCAAGGCCCUCGGAGCAGAUGACAACUAUUACAAGGCUCGUACUGCAGGUAAAUGGCCUCUAAAGUGGUACGCUCCAGAAUGUAUAAACUUCCACAAAUUCUCCAGUAAAAGUGACGUGUGGAGUUUUGGUAUUACCAUGUGGGAGGCCUUUUCCUACGGAGGGAAACCUUACAAGAAAAUGAAAGGACCAGAGGUGAUGCGCUUUAUUGACAGUGGGAACCGCAUGGAGUGUCCGCCAGCAUGUCCAGAGCGAAUGUAUGCAGUGAUGAAAGAAUGCUGGAUAUACAAGCAUGAGGAGCGUCCUGACUUCAAGAAGGUUGCAGAGUACAUGAAGUCUUACCAUUACUCCAUAUCGAACAAGGCCAAGCCUGAGGAAGCUGCAGCCGCCGCGCCGCCGCCGAGCCUAUCAAGUAGACAGAAACAAGGCACAUUCUGUCCCAGUGCUGCACAAAGCAUCCUUUCAACUGGCCAAUAAACAACUAAAACAAAGAACUUUUUAUGAACGGUGCACACUGACCAGCUUCGACUACAGUACCGAUACAGCUUAACAGGCCUCAGUGACAAUAAAUGUGCAUUUGUAAAUUGGGCUUCAGUGUGUCGACCAUGUAAGGAGCAUCUCUGUCCGUCUGUCUGUCGGUUGGGAUUUGAAUGUUAAAUAUUGACGUCAUUGAUGAACAAAGUCAUUUUAUAUUCUGCUAUGUUGGAGUAUAAUGGGAGUAUAUGGUACAUUGACAAGUUGAUUUUUCCCUGUAUCUUUUCAUGCAAAAUAAACUAGUAGAAAGUAGAAAGAAA